CUUCAUGGACCUUGUUUCACAGGCUGCAUAUGUGCUAUUUUAACACUUUUAUGGGAUGCUUGAUUGUUUUUAAUGCUUUGCUGGGGAGAUUAUCAGAAGUAGACUUACUCAUGUUAUUUAUAUUGGAGCUGAUAGUGCAGGGUGAGCUGCACAAAGUGGUCUUCCUACUAGGGCACACCGCCUCAGUGGUAACAGUGUAACUCUGGAUCAUAGGCUCAUGAUUACUGCAUACAAUAGCUGUAGGAUAAACAUAAGUAUUUGGUGCAAUUAGGGGUACAUAUAUUUAGUUAUUUACAUUGUGUUUGCCAAUGCCCCUAGGAUCAUGUACAUUUGAUGCAACAUUAUGAUGACUCAUUGUCACAAUUGUAGGGAUUAACUGAGCUGGUUUUAGAUCAUUGAACAGUCAUUGUUUCAACGCAGCCUUGAAAUGCGUGGACAGAGUCCAGGAGCCAAGAUGAUUUGGAUGGACUCCGUCAUUCCUGUAGAGUAUCUUCUGUUUCCAGAAGGUGUCAAAAUUAUCUACAAAAGUGACUCUAGUUGAGCUACAGUAGUCCUUUAGCCAGAUGUGUAAUGCCAGCAGUCUGAUUAAUCUUUCACAACUGCGGCCCCACGAUGGUACUGGACCUAUAAGGAUUGACCGUUGUUUGUAGUCUUUUAAUGCUGAAAUCAGUUCUUUAAAACCAAUUUUGAAAUGUUUCAAGUUAGCCCUCCUGAUGUCGUUUGACCCCCCCACCCCACCCCCCCACACACAUGUAUUACGACAGUGUCAGCUCCUGGCAUCUGUCAUAGAACAGUCGGAAGCAGCCUUGUGAUGUCCUGUACUCGUGCUCCUGCGUAAGCACAGGGUUUUUGCCUUGGGAACUGAGAUGUUUCUCACCGUAGAGCUGCCUAUGAUGACAGCUGGUGAUAUUGAAUGGGCCGGUCUCUCAGGCAGCCUCAUGGUCUGAUGAGGGUGGGAGCUCCGAGGAUCUGAACCCGAGGUAGAAACCACCGGAGAGGGAGACGGAACAAAGGACGAAGAUGCAGGUACCUCCGGAUCCCAUCUUGAAUUGGAAGCCCCCAAGGAAGAUGGCGCUGGAACCUCUGGAUCCAAAGCUGUUUCUGGUCUGUGUCAGAUCAGGGCUCAACAUCUCCAUGGAGACCCCCGUUACCAGAGGACACUUUCUUCUACUUCCACGGAAUGAGCAGGCAGCCACGCUGUACCAGAACAUCAGUAUGACAGAGCCCAGGAUGGUGCCUCAGUAUGAGAGAGUCAUUAUGAGCUUCACAAGAGAGAUCAAGCAGCACAAUGCUGAGAUGGAGAACCUGGCCCUGGCUGUGAAACGAGCCCAUGACCAAGCCGCCAUGCAGCUCAGCGAGAUGGAGGAGGAGAUGGAUCAACGCAUCCAUGCAGCUGAGAACAACACACAGCAACAGGAGGCCAAGAGGACUGAGGCAGCUCUGAGUGAGCUGAAGAGACACUAUGAGUCUGAGGUGUGUGAACUGCAGCACAAGCUCCAGAAGAUGCAGCUGAUUGAAGACCAGUACAAGAACAUCAACAUGAAAGAUGAGUCUUCAACCCUGAAGAGAAAGAUCAACGAACUGACUCUGGAAAACCAGCGGUUGAAGCAGGAGUUGAUGCAGUCUCAAACUAACAUAGCCUUUCUUCAGAGUGAACUGGCCUCUCUGAAGAGUGAUCUGACAGACCACAGCAUCAACUCUGAGCGGGAUGAGGCGAUGAUGAGAGACUUCUCUGAUGAGAGGGAGAACCUGGAGCGACAGAUAGAGAUCCUACAAACAGCCAACAGGAAGCUCCAUGACAGUAACGACGGGCUGCGCAGUUCCCUGGAGAACACCCUCAGCAAGAGCAUUAAGCGUGGUAGCAGUGCUUCCCCAGCCAGCACCAUUAGCAGGAGGAGCAAGAGUAUCUGUUACUCAUCUCCAUACCGUGACAGGUUCUACCAGGCGGGUGUGGAUGGUGUGGAUGCGGACGGAGACCUGCUGGGCCUUUGUGGAGGUGAAGGUGGUAGGAGUUCUCUGGGGUGUCGGCGGCCCAGUCUGGACACCCUAGCCCUGGCUCUGUGUGACCCGGCCAUGCAGGUAAAACGCAGCAGGGAGGUAGACAGCCUGCCCGAGAGCUCCCUAGACAGUGGCAUGUCCACCCUGCGUGGCUCCAACAACGAAUAUGACUCUGAGCAGGAGGUGAAAGGGCACGAGGAGGAACAGAGGGUGGCAGGGAACACAGACAGCCUGGCGGGGGGCCACUCUGACAAUGACGUUGCAGAGAUGCGUGAUGAGAUGGUGUUUGGAUCAGACAGUGAUUCUGUCCUGGACUGGAAACCUUUGGAGUCAGUCAGCCGGACCAGCUCUGGAGCGUCCACACGCAAAGCCCUCUCUGCCAUCACCAAUGAGGGUAAAGAGAAGGAGUCAGCUGACCUGGGCUAUAUGACAUCAGAGAAGGCCUACAGGGUGGUGUUGGCUGGCGAUGCAGCGGUGGGCAAGUCCAGCUUCCUGCUCCGCCUCUGCAAGAACGAGUUCCGAGGAAACACCAGCGCCACCCUGGGGGUGGACUUUCAGAUGAAGACUCUAGUAGUGGAUGGAGAGCCCACCCUACUACAGUUGUGGGACACAGCAGGCCAGGAGAGGUUCCGCAGCAUUGCGAAGUCGUACUUCAGACGAGCCGACGGGGUCCUCCUGCUGUAUGAUGUCACCUGUGAAAAGAGCUUUCUCAACGUGAGAGAAUGGGUGGACAUGAUUGAGGACGUGUCCCAGGAUGACGUUCCCAUCAUGCUAGUUGGAAAUAAGUGUGACCUGAGGGAGCAAGCGCUACAGGACAGUGUCACCUGUGUCCCCACCAGCUUCGGAGAGAAGCUGGCCAUGACAUAUAACGCCCUCUUCUGUGAGACCAGUGCUAAAGACGGAUCUAAUGUCAUAGAGGCCGUGCUGCAUCUGGCCAGAGAGAUGACCAAGCAGGUUCAUGGGGAUGAGAACCAGGAGUCUGUGACCAACCUCUACAGAAGUCCCAACAAGAAGAUGCCCACUGUCACCUGCUGCACAGGAUAAGAAACCACACAGGAACACUACUAGAGUAACCAAAACUCAGCAACAGAACACCACAAUACAAGAAUACUGUCAGCAAAGACAGAACAAGAGAAAAAUGAGACUUCAGAAGAACAGAACACAGGAGAAUCCAGUCAGAACACUUGAGUACCAUAGCACUAGAAUGUCAAACAGCUUAUUUUCUCGUAUGAGAUCAACUGUGCUUGUUUUAAGCUGUGUGUGCAUGUGUGCACGAUUAUGCAAUUAUAUGUUUGCAUGAGUACAUGUGUCUUCUUAUGAAGCCUCUGUGUCGAAGCCAUGGUCAUUUGUAUUGCAGAUAGCUAUUGUAUAUAUCAAUGUACAGGUAGUGUCUGAAAAGUACCAUGUACUGGCAAAUUAUAUUCUCAACAAGUCACUAGAAAGCUUGGGAUAGCAGCAAUUUACAUGACAGAUAUGAUGAGGAGAGACAAAUGCACGUGAUAGGUGGUGAACAGGAGGGUGGGGAAAUGUUAUUUUUACUAUGGAAGAAUGAUCUUAUUAGCAAGCUGUUUAUUGCUAAGGGAUAAGGCGGAGGGAGGACCUACAGUAUAGUAGAUAUAAAUAUAGAAUUUCAUUCUAGUUCUGUGAUAGUAGACACAGUAGUGUCAGAAACAUCCUCCAUGUACAACAUUUGUGAUAAAGAGUAACAACUGCAUGUCAAGGAAGGAGUGUCAUGAUUGUUAGUUGAAUUCUGAUUGUAGGAGCCAAGAGCAACAUCUGGAGAGAAUGAUGUGAUUGGAUGACCGUGGGAGGAGCAAAAUGUCAAAUGUAUGAAUGUGGUGUGAAUGAAUGGGGCACAUUUUAUUUCUGUGUGUAUAUUGUAAAAAUAUUGUUAUCAUUAAUAUAUUAUGUAAUGUUAGACUUGCCAUUUGGACCUCUCCUGGGUCACUAAUGAUGUCACUGUGAGCCCACACCUGUCUGUCUGAGCCCUCUGUGUGGUCAUACUCAAAGAGCUUUACUAUUAAAAUGUAGCAUGAACAAAACCCAACGUGAUAUGACUUCCCUUAUCCAGGCAGAGUCUGAACAUAAUAUUUCAUGCUGAAUUUAUAUACACAGUAUAUUUCAUGUUGAGGGCAUGGAGUAUAAAAUAUAAUAAAUUAUAAUAUAAUUUA